AGAAGGCGCCAUGAAAGGUUUGCUCUUACUUCUCCCCUUGCUACACUCCCUUGACUUCUCAAGCUAUGUCGUCCCUCCCUCUCUGUCCUACUCUCAGGCUGCCCGACUCCUUAUCGAUCCCUCUUCUCAGGUUUCCCCAGCUGCCUGCUUUAAUCUACAUUCUCCUAGACAAUGUCCAGGCCAUUCUCUCACCUGCAUCUUAUCUUUUGCUUAGACUAUUACGGAGUUACCAUUUCACGUCUCUCAAAUUUUACAUCUCUUAACUCUUGUGACAUUUAGAUUUGUCUUUAUUGUUGCAAUGUGUCUUUCUCUGCCCCUUUUCUGGUAGCAUCCCACCACCACCACCCCCCAACACACCUUCCUGUUCCUCUAUUUUUUGUUUUUUUUUGAGAUGGCGUCUCGUACUGUCGCCCAGGCUGGAGUACAGUGGCGCAAUCUCAGCUCACUGCAACCUCCACCUCCCAGCUUCAAGCAAUUCUUCUGCCUCAGCCUCCCAUGUAGCUGGGAUUACAGGCGCCCGCCGCCACGCCCAGCUAAUUUGUUGUAUUUUUAGUAGAGACAGGGUUUCACUAUGUUGGCCAAGCUGGUCUCAAACUCCUGACCUGGUGAUCCACCCGCCUCGGCCUCCCGAAGUGCUGGGAUUACAGGCAUGAGCCACUGCACCUGGCCUCUGUUCCUUUAUUUCAAAUUCAUUCAUUCACUCAUUCGGCAAUUUGCUUCAGUUUCCUUAUGUUUGCCUCUUUCUCAUCUGUCCUCUUUUCCAUUUUAUUCCUACUCUGUCUUGUCUCACAGUCCACUUACAGUUAUAUUUCAUAUCUGUAUAUUUUAUAAUAUUUGUGCUUUAAUACUUUUAAAAUAUCCUUUAUUUUACUGUUUCUUCUCUUCCCUUGUCAUAUUUUAAAGUGUUUUAUUUCUCAGCCCUCUAUAUCCUUGCAUGAAUUCUGUUCCUCUACAAUAGAGUCCGUUCCAAGCUUUCUGUCUUCCUGUGUCCUUCCAUGGCCCUGGCUGUCUCUGCAUUAUUUCCUUUUAAUGGGAUACAAAUCUUUUCCCCUUGUAUUCUUCUCACUCCUCUCCACACACCCCUUGAUUCGCCUUUCCCCACGCCCCUCUAGGUGCUUCUUGGUCUUUGCUUUUCCUUUUUAUCUCCUCACCAUGUCAAUUUGUAUUUUUCCUCUCUCUUACUACUGUAUCCUAAAUGGGACCCCCGACAACCACUCCUGUGUGUCUGCCUGGAGGCAGCAGUUUUAAGAAGGGUUGGCCGCUGAGCCUCACAGAGGGACCCCCAUCUUAUGCUGCAGCGAAGUACCAUAGACUGGGUGGCUUACUAACAACAAAUUUAUUUCUCACAAUUUUGGAGGAGAGAAGUCCAAGAGUCACCUGUCAGCACAGUCAGGUUCUGGUGUGGGCCUUCUUCCAGGUUGCAGCUGACACUUUCUCAUGUCCUCGCAUGACAUAAACAGGGCUAGAGAGCAUUCUGGGGUCAUUUUUAUAAGGUCACUGGUCCCAUCAUAAGGACUCUGCCUGUGACCCACUUACCUCCCAAAGGCCCCCUACCUCCAAUCACACCGAGGGUUAGAAUUUCAACCUAGGAAUUUUGAGAGGACACAAACACUCAGGCUAUGACACGGUCUUUAGAAAAUUCCAGAAUGAGUUGUCAGGUUCUUGGGAGAUCUGUAACUGUGGGAAAGCGUCACAUCCCAGGGAAAGGCACCGGCUGGGAGAGCCAUCCCAGACAAGGCCUGCUCCUUUUGCGCGGACCUCUGUGGAGAAGCCAGCUUGGCACAUUCUUUCUCCUCCACUGCAAAGUUAAAUGCGAGAAGGUAGAAACCUGCUGGCUUUGAGAGAUGAGCCCUACUCACCAGAUUCAAGAUCCCAAGCAUUGGAAUAGGAUUGCAGACAGCGAUUACCUGUGGAGGUCACUAUCUCUGCAGAGAUGGGACUGCAGCAACUUCACCUAUCAACACCUGGGCACACACACAUGGAAGCAAUUUUUCCUGCAUCAAAGAAGGAAGGAGCUUCGAUUGGCAUUGGCACAGCCGCGUAACUUUAUCUACAAAGUAACUAAGAACAUCGCAUUUGAGACACAGUUGGCUUAUCUCUCAGGAAAUAGCCUUACAAUGGAUGAACAGGAGAAAUCAAUCAUUUGUAGUGUAUCUCCAAAGCAAGAGCUUUGUGCCUGGGAUGUGCAAGAGGGCACCAUCAUCUGGUCAAGCCCAGUCCAGGAGUUCCAUUUAUCAAAUCUGGUAACCCUCCCUCAGAUGCAUCUCGCCGUCACUAUGGAUCGGAAAAAAACUAUCAAAGUGUGGAACUGUCAGGACAGGGACGCUCUGGCCGUUCUCCCCAUGCCAGAGCCCUGUUAUUGCAUGGAAGCCUAUCUUACAAAGGAUGGCCCAUUCCUGAUGGUAUUCCUCACAGAGUCCUUACUGAGGCCUUCAGAAGGCAGUGCUCCUCUGUCUACCUUUCUCCCACAUAAAUUAUGUGCCAGCGCCUGCUGGGCCCCAAAGGUGAAAAACAGGAUAACACUGAUGUCCCAAAGUAGCACUGGAAAAAAGACAGAAUUUAUCACCUUUGAUCUAACAACCAAGAAGACUGGAGGCCAAACAGUCAUCCAAGCACAUGAGGUUGCAAGUUUCCAGGUGGCAGCUCAUCUGAAGUGCCCUAUCUGGAUGGGAGCCAGUGAUGGAUAUAUGAUUGUCUUUACCAGUGGGCCAUACUUGUUACUCUUCAGCAUCACUGGCUUCCUGCUGCAACGAUUUGAGGACCACCAGGCAGCCAUCAACAACUUCUGGGUGGAUCCUUGCUAUGUGCUCACCACAUCCGAGAACUCUGUGCACGUGUACGUGUGGGAAGAAGGAGGCCGCCAUCCAUACCUCAGGAGCUGCUGUCACCUGGAAAACACGUGGCAUGAUCACACAACAGACAGUAGAGACGGGGUUUCACCAUGUUGGCCAGGAUGGUCUCGAUCCUCCUGAUCUCGUGAUCCACCUGCCUUGGCCUCCCAAAGUGCUGGAUUACAGGCGUGAGCCACCGCACCCUGCCGAAAACUUCUAAUUUCUACAUCAAGAUGAAUGAAGGGAGAACAGGGAUUUUUUUUUUUUUUAAGGUUCUCUGAGGAUAGAUACCAAUAAACUCAUGCCUG